CAAUGGAGGAGGGGCAAUUUGUUCAUUUGGAUUUCGUCCAAGACCCAUCAUCGUUCAUCGUCUAUGGGCAACUUCCUCAGCAGUCCGCUCACGGAGAAAGACACCCACGUCGGGUCUGGGAAUGGCCUGUCCUUUGGGGUCAGCUGCAUGCAGGGAUGGCGUGCGACGAUGGAGGAUGCACACAUUGCGCGCACGUCGAUCCCGUCCUUUGACGGAUGUUCCAUCUUUGCAGUGUUUGACGGUCAUGGGGGCAAGUUGGUUGCGGACGAGAGCGCGCUGAAUCUGAUCGAAACGCUGGAGAAGCAAGAUGUGAAUGUGAAGGACAAGGACGACAUUGGCGGUGCACUCACGCGGGCAUUCCUAGCGUUGGACAUUGAGCACAGGCAGCUCAAACAAGUGGUCAGUGGCGACGACCACAGUGGGUGCACUGCCAUCGCUGCGUUCAUCAACGACACACAUAUCGUGGUGGCCAAUUCUGGGGACUCGCGGAGUGUCCUCGCGACAGACGGCGGCGUCGUCCCGAUGUCGUACGACCACAAACCCAACAACCCAGGCGAACGUCAACGCAUCGAAAACGCUGGUGGGUCGGUCCGAAACAACCGCGUCAAUGGCGACUUGGCGGUAUCUCGAGCAUUGGGCGAUUUUGUGUACAAGCAGCGUCCGGACUUGCGCGCCGAGGACCAGCAGGUACAUGCAGUAAAUCGCUCCGUACUAUCUCAUGUACAGGGUUAGUUGUCGUGUUCAAAGUGAAGUCCUGCCUUCGUCUCCAGAAUCUCUCUGUGAUGUGUCCCCGUUCAGACUCUUUUUACCACUGUGAUGCUCUUUUCUCUUAAUGACGACGAAAUCGUGUGGAGGUAUCUGCCGAGCCCGACGUCAAGGCGGUGGAGCGAACUAAGGACUUUGAGUUCCUCUUGCUGGCCUGCGACGGGGUGUGGGAUGUCAUGUCCAACGAAGAUGCGUGCGCGUUUGUGCGGUCGUUGCUGGCCCACGGCGAGAGCAACAUGGGGCUCAUCUGCGAAGAAGUGCUGGACCACUGCCUUUCCCUCGGCAGUCGUGACAACAUGAGCAUCGUCGUGGUCAAGUUCCCUGGCGCGAGAAUCGGAACGGGCGAUGGAGUCGCUGGCCUGCGAAAGCUCAGGGAAGCAGAAGCGGCCAAGGCGGUCGAGUUGGCGGCCCAAUAAUAGAGCCUAUGAAGACUUUGAAAAUAUACACUAGCGCCCUGUACGUCAGUCAUGCUAGGGUUGUACAUGUCAUUGGUUUUGUA